UAUGGUGUUGCACUACUGUUAACUAUACCGCUGGAUGCAUGAUGAGUCACGUCGAAGAGAACAGUCACCUUCUCGCCUCACUGCUUCCUUGCAGGGUUUCUACGGGAGCAGUACAAGAUGUCGAUGCAGAGCCACGCCUUAACGCUGCCGUCAGAGCUUCGCCUACGACGCGAGUCACAGUCCCCGUUCGAGAGCAGAGGAGGAGGCCAGUGAAAUGUGUCUUAAGCUUCGCAUUCUUGUUGGUGGUAGCGACGCUGGUCGUGUUGGUCGUCUGGAUAACAACACGUGAUGGAGGGGUACAAGUGUCACCGAGUACGCGGCCACCUCAUAUCGUGUUCAUACUAGCCGACGAUUUGGGCUGGGCGGACCUAAGCUACAAUGGGAACCCGCAGAUACGCACUCCAAAUAUUGACGCGCUAGCUUGGAAUGGAGUCCGGCUUACGAGACUCUACCACCAGCCCCUAUGCACACCUUCAAGGGCUGCGAUCAUGACUGGGCUCUACCCCAUACACACAGGAAUGCAGCACUUUGUAAUCAGGAUGUCUGAACCCAGAGGACUGCCACUCAACCUGAAGCUCCUUCCGGAAUGGCUUAACGAUCUGGGGUAUACGUCUUACAUGACCGGAAAGUGGCACCUCGGUUUCCACAAGACACAGUACACGCCUACAAACAGGGGCUUCUUGAGCCAUGUCGGAAGCUGGGGUGGUGCCUGUGAAUACACAACGCACGAGAGGGCAGGGGAUGGUUCCACUGACUACGGUCUGGACUUUAGAAGAAAUUCAACGCUGGCACCCGAGGACAGCGGACGAUACUACACUGAAGUCGUCACGGAAGAAGCAGUAUCACUUAUCAAGAAUCACCCAGUAGAUAAGCCCAUGUUCCUGUACGUUGCCCACCUGGCUCCGCACUACGGCACCAUUCGGGUGCCACUAGAGGCGCCCGCUGAGUAUCGUCAAGCCUAUGAUUUCAUUGGACCAAGGAACCGCACAUUUUACGCAGGCAAGUCACCACUUGUGUAG